UCGAAAAAAAUAGACUUUUCUCACUAAGCUAAAUCAAUAAUAUAAUAAGAUUAUAAUUAUAAAUAUAUAUGUUGAUUGACUUAAAAAUGUGCAAGAUCCAGUCAUUUCCAGAGAAAUUGAAAGAGAGGAAAUGGAAGUAGUACUAACAGGGGUGCUGAUAUUUAUACUAAGCGUAAUUCUGUCGCCUGCGAUGGAGUUUAAGUUACCAGACCUUACAUGCUGUUUCAUGGUCUGUUGCUGGCUCGGAUCCUAAGUUUUUUUUCAUCUCUAAGAAUAGGUCAGUAGAACAGAUAUUGAAAACAUAGAUGCUGCAUAACAGUGAGUGUAUUUUAAAUUUUUAGUGACAUAAUCCAGUUGGAAUUUGCACCAUGUAAACACAAUUUGAUUCUGUAAUUCUUACAUAUAAAUCAAAUGUCAGACCUUUUUAUGCUUACACUAACAUCAUUGUUUCGGUCAAAACACUUAACUUGCUUUUGUUACAAAAGGGAAGGCUAGUUGAGGUAAUCUGGGGUAUGCUACUUCUGAUAUUAGAGAUUGGUCCUUGUAUUUGGCUAACGUCUUGUAAAACAAGCACAGAGAGUUAGUUGUCCAGGAAUGUCUACCAGAAAGCCCCUUAAAUGCUUAAGACAAUGAUCGAAAAAUAAAUUGAGCAAUAAAUGCGAAAAUGAUUAAUGGUGACAAAUCACAAAAACUUACCUCAUUAGGUAGUCAAUGAAGCUAUUUAUAGUAGUCCCAAUGAUUGUUGGAUUAUAGUGAAAUUAGCAAUUGGUUUAUAAGUAAUUUUGUGUUGGAGUGGGCCUAGAUUAAUGGAUAAUCUGUGCAAACCAAGAAACACCAAGACUCGAUCUUGCUGCAAAAUUAUGGAGUUACCAAUAUUUUUUAUAGAGAAUGAUACCUAAACUAGCUGCCACAGAGCCUAGUGCAACAACUAGCUCCUCAAAACAAGAUUCAGGCUCAACAGUUAACAAACUCAUUGAGGGUCAAGAACCUCAUAACACAACUCAGGAAACUGAUCCAGCAUCUGACACUACUAAUGCUAAGAGCUGCUCUUUGAGCGGGCCAUCUUUUCACCAGUUUAAAUCCAAGGCUGGCCAAGAGGUGUUACUCCCAAAGGUGGUAACUAUUGUAUUGCAUGGGCCACAUGUGGGAGGUCCUUAUUGCUUGGUCAUUUUCCAAACCAAGAACUAAGUAGAAGGCUAGGAAGGGAGCCUGCUGAGGAGAUUGUUUAGUUGUGUAGUAUUGUAAUUUUCUAUUUUAGUUUUCGGUUAUAAGCUAUUAAGAAAGUUGUCCUUUUUGUCUAUUAGUAUGCGUGUCUUAGGCCGUUCAUCCUCAUGUUAGAAAGGCAUAUAUAAAGUCUCAUUUGGCUCCUUGUAAUUUCAUUCCAGUUUUCAAAUAAAAAUCUACAAGUUAUUUUGAAGAGUUUUCAUAAGGGAAUUGAGAGUUCUUGAUUCUAUCCUGAGCAACCGGAUUGUGAGAGAAACAAGAAGGUUUUUCCAGUUCUUCCGUUUAAGAUUGAAUGAGACUAAUUCACUCUUGUUAAAGAGAUCAUUGCCUAGCCAUAUUGGCCUUUGGAAGGGUAUUGAUCACAGAUCAGUAGUUACUGAUCAUAUCCAAUUAAAUAUCUGCCUAUUCCUGAUCAUUCGCCAUCAACCUAAGGAUUCUUGGGAGGAUAUUGGUGCAACUUGUUAUCAAAGCGAGGCCAUGAAAUUCAGGCAGGACGUUUAGAAGGAGGAUUGAAGACAAAUUUGAAGUUACUGCAUCAAGAAAGAACAGACCCAGAAAAAGUCACACUGAUCAGGUGAUCUGUAUUUUGUUUCCCUUAUUUCCUUCGUCUGAUCAUUAUCAAAUCAUGUAUUUUUCUUUGUUAAGUGUUGUGUAGAGUUGAUAAAUUGGAGAAUUUGGUUCUUUGUGUGACUGAUUUCCUUGUGAAAGGAGAAUUAGUCUGCAAGAAAGAGUUUCUUGAUUUGUAUUGGUGUUGUUGAGUUCUGUUUCUUCUGUUAUCAUGGGUUCUAACUCUAACAUGGAUUUCGAGACACGAGUAAACAAUCUCACUGAACUUGUGAAGAGACUAACUGUAACACUUAAUAAUUCUGGAAUCUUGAAUAACCCCAGACCAUCCUUUAAUGAUAAAUCCUUGAAUGUGGAUGUGCUAGAUUUUGAGGGAACAUCUGGAAAUCCAGAUGAUUACAUAAAUUGGGAAAAUAGCCUUGAAAGGUACUAUGAGUUUAAGGAGACCCCUGAGGAUCAGCGUUACAAAUUGGCUAAAGUUGGUCAAGUUGGCAGCCACUUGGUUGGAGGGUGUGCAAACACAAAGAAAAAGGGAGGAAAGGUCUAGAAUAGACUCUUGGGAAAAAUUAAAGAAACACCUCAGGAGGAAGUAUGUGCCUUCUACGAAUAAACAAACACUAUGUAAAUUGGGGUAAUUUGAGACAAGGGUCCAAGACUGUUUCUGAGUAUAUUCAGGAGAGGGAGAGACUUGUUGUUCUAUGUGACAUAAAUGAACCAGAAGAAAUGAAAAUAGGCAGGUUCUUGGGGGACUCAGAGAUGAGAUUAGGGAGAAGUUGGAACUAGUACAAAACCUUACCUAUGAAGGUGCUUGUAGCGGUGCCUUAGUUUUUGAGAAAUAUACCAAGAACAAAGUUCAGUCCAACUUUAGAAGCAUAAGACCUCAACCUAGAACAACCCCAACUAACAACCAGAAGACCUCUAGAACUGAAACCUUCAAAACUCAAUCUAAGGAUAAAACCUCUGCACUUAUGAAGGAUGUUAUUUGCUUCAAGUGUCAUGGGCAUGGGCAUUGUAAGAGUGAAUAUCCCAAUGCUAGGGCCUUUACACAAAGAGAGUGGGUGGAAAUCAACAGUAGAUUUGGUCCUCGAGCUAUGUUAGUAUUCUUGGAUGAACAGGAGGAAGUGGUGUUACCUUCAACCCUAGUAGAUGGUCCAGAUGGAUCUUAUACAAGUCAAUAGUUUGGGCACUUUGGAACCAGCAGGAACUGAAACUUCUGAAGAGAGUGAGACUGAGCAGAUCUAUCUUGAGGAAGAAAUACAUAAUCUGUUGGUUAGAAGGAAUUUUCAUGCUACCCCUAAGAUUGCAAAAAUUGACCAAAGAGAGAAUAUUUUUCAGACCAAGUGUAGAAUAAAUGGAAGCCUUUGUGAUCUAAUUAUUGAUAGUGGAAGUGACUCUAAUUGUGUGAGUAAGGAUCUAGUUACACAGCUGCAUUUGGAAACUACACCCCACCCUCAUCCUUACAAGCUUAGAUGGCUUGAUGAGCAAACUGCAAACUAUGUGAAGAGACAAUGUUUAGUGAACUUUAAGAUAGGAACUUAUGAGGAUCAGGUGCUGUGUGAUGUCCUGAACAUGGAUGCAUGCCAUGUUUUAUUAGGCAGACUCUGGCAACAUGAUAAGAAAACCAAACAUGAUGGGUGGAGAAAUGUGCAUAGUCUCAAACAUGAGGGCAAAACUAAGGAGUUACUUCCUUUACCACCACACAAGGCCGUUCCCCCACCUAAGACUAGGGCUACCCUACAAUUGAUGAGUAGGAAAAAGUGUGAGAAAGAAACCAAGUUAGGAUUAGGAUUGUUUGUGCAGUUCACCAAAGAAGUCCAGCCCACAACUAAGCAGAUUCAUCAAAGACUGUUAAGGUUGCUAGAAGAGUUUAGUGAUAUUUUCCCUACUGAACUACCUGAAGGACUUCUUCCUAUCAGGGGCAUAGAGCAUUAGAUUGACCUAGCACCUGGAGCCCCCUUACCCAAUAAACCUGCUUAUAGAUCCAACCCCAAGGAGACUCAGGAAUUGCAGAGAGAAAUAGGAGAGCUAAUGAAGAAAGGGUAUGUAAGGGAAUGUUUGAGUCCCUGUGUAGUAUCUACUCUUUUAGUACCCAAGAAGGAUGAAACUUGGAGAAUGUGUAUUGAUAGUAGAAGUGUGAACAACAUAACAGUCAAAUAUAGGUUUCCCAUACCUAGAUUAAAUGGUCUCCUUGAUGAGUUGAAUGGGGCUGAAUGGUUUAACAAGGUGGAUUUGAGGAGUGGUUAUCAAAAAAUAAGGAUGAAAGAGGGAGAUGAGUGGAAGACUGCUUUUAAGACCAAGUAUGGGUUGUAUGAGUAGCUAGUCAUGCCAUUUGGACUAACAAGUGCACCAAGCACAUUUAUGAGGCUAAUGACUGAAGUUUUGAGACCCUUUUUAGGCAUGUUUGUAGUAGUCUACUUAGAUGACAUCUUAACAUAUAGCCGAAACAUUGAUUUGCACUUAGAACAUCUAAGGGAGUUAUUUUCUAUGUUAAGGAAACAAAAACUGUUUGGCAAUUUGGAGAAGUGUGCCUUUAUGCUGCAAGAAGUAAACUUCCUAGGUUUCAUAAUUAGGAGAGAAGGGGUAAAGGCUGACCCGGCCAAAAUUCAGGCUAUAAGUCAUGGCCAACUCUUCUAAACAUUACCUAAGUUAGGUCAUUCCAUGGUCAGCUUCUUUUUAUAGAAGAUUUGUUAAGCAUUUCAGCUCUAUUAUGGCACAAUCACUGAAUGUACCAAGGUGGGAAGGUUUGAGUGGACUAAGGAAGCACAACAAGCCUUUGAGUGCAUUAAACAAGAGAUGUGUAGAGCUCCCAUACUUAGACUACCUGACUUUGCAAAACCAUUUGAGGUAGAGUGUGAUACAAGUGGCAAGGGUAAAAGGGCUGUAUUACUGCAGGAAGGAAGACCUGUGGCUUACUUUAGUGAAAAGUUGAGUGGAAGUAAGCUCAAAUAUUCUACUUAUGAUAAGGAAUUCUAUGCUAUAGUGAGAGCCUUAGAGAAUUAGACUCAUUAUCUUAACGUGCAACCCUUUAUUUUGAAUUCAGACCAUGAGUCUUUAAGACAUAUCAAUGGGGCAAAAGUCAGCACCAGACAUGCAAAGUGGGUGGAAUUUUUGCAAUCAAUUACUUUUUCUUCUAGGUAUAAAGCUGUAACAUCUCGGAAAAACACGGAUCGUUAAAAGAGAGAUUUUUAUAUUUUAAAAGAAAACCAAGCAGGACCCGAGUUAAACCAAGAUGUCAUAAAGGCACGAGAAAAUGAAAUUUUUGAAGUUAAAACUUGUGGAUCGAGUUCUACUUGAGUUAUUGUAGAUUAAUUAGUGAUAUCAUAGUCUUAGCAGCGGAUAAAAGAUAUGAAACCAAAACUCAAAAGAGUACAUCUCGAGAGCGAAGUCGCCUCUUAAAUAAAUCCAUUUCUAAAAAGCUAAUAAAGUUCAAAAUUAAAAUCCUUCCGUACUCUAUCUAUUUUAUUCUUCAAAUGUAAUCCUCACUCCCCAGCCUGCAACUUAACUCACUGCUAGUUAUUAACCCGGAAAGGACAAAUAACAUCAUCGCAGGAUCGUUAAGAUCAAAGGUACACGUCAGCAAAAACUUCUCUUAUAACAUUAACAUUAUAACAUAAAGCACAAUGGCAACUUACCAUACGUCGGCUACAGUUCAAUAUUUACUUUUUAAUAAAUUUCAAAUGAUUCAUUGAGUCAGUCAACCAUAUUGCUGUACCUUCCCGGCCAUAUUGCCGGACCAAACCCCAAACUUCAAGAGUAAGACAAUACAUUAGGGGGAGCUAACCCCUAAGCAAGUCUCUACCAUAGGCAACACGCCUUACUUCGCUGCCUAUAGUUAAGUACGCAUACCCCCGCGGUGGCUCAUAAUGCCCCCACAAACCACGAGUAAAAUCUUUCCACCAAUCGACGUCAUACUACGUCUACUUUAAAGUUAGUGAGGUCAUACUACCUCUACUCAUUGAGUUAUUGAAAUCAUAUCUCUUGAUUAAGAAAGCAUAACAUCAUCUUCAUACUUUAUUCAAUAUAUUAUGAUUAUUAUUAUUAGUCCUUUAUAACAACUAAUCCACGAUGUACAAAGUUUUACUGCGUGUACGUACCUUAAGAUAGCAAAUGCAAAUCUUAAAUGAACCUAUCAACUUCCCGGCACGAAUCGGCUUCCUAUAUGAUUCAAUCGUACAUACGAGAAUAAGCAUAUAUUCACACUUUCUCAAACCACAAUCAAGGCGCACACACACACACAUCUAGCAUCAAGCCACACUUGCAAACAAUUCAUGAUCACACAACAUACUUCAUCACAACAUAACAUUAAAUAAAAUUCAGAUUUAGUAUUCUGUCCAAAAUAGUAUGUUAACACUGCCAAACUGAAAUUCUGACUUCACCGUUGCGUCCGGAAGGCGUCAAAACACCCGGGUACCAAUUUUCAUAAUCAUAAUGUACUCUAAGUAUUUUUAACCUAUUUUCAAGCCAAAAAGUGCUCUAAAAACAUAUUUGUUUACCAUUUUCCUAAUCCGACGGGAUUCACCAAAAUUCAUCAACAAAUGAAUUCCAAAUGGUACAUUGCCUAUUAAAUAUCAAUGACCAAAUUUAUAUAAUUCUUAUGAACCAUCUUUGAGAUUAAAUUCAUUGUUCAACAAUAAUUUCUUUAUACAUAUUUGUAUAUUUUUUUUUUCUCUAGCAAAAUUAUAAAUUUCUCAUAUUAGCCAAUAAAAUAAAUAACUUUUCCACCAAAUAUAAAAAAACCACACAGUUUUUUACAUGAACAUUCAUAUUUAUACAUAAAUUUCAAAAUCACCCAUCACACAAACUAAUCAUAUUCUUCACAUAUAUGCAUAUCUAAAAACCCUAAAAAGAAACAUUCUUCAUCAAUUUAGAUAGAAAAAUACAUCCCAAAAUCAUACAUGAAAUUUUAAAUUCAUAAAUUAAACAUGAAUUAUAAGAUAAAACAUAUAAUAAUCAUAGAAUUUUAAAUUAAAACUUAAGAAUCAACAUAGAUUAAGAAUUACACUUACAAUUGUAAAGGAAAACAACAAAUAACGAAGGGUAAUGGAGUUAGGAAUGUGGAUUAGGAGGAAUUUUGAGAGGAUAUGUUUUUUUUUUUUUUGUCCUUGGAAACUUUAUAAAAUGAAAGGAUGUCAAAAUGAAAAUGAUUAAGGAAUUAAGAAGGGUUAAUUAUAUGGGAUUAAUGCCUUGAUCUUUCAUUACUCUAAGGGAGUUACAAACUCCACCAAGAGUCCUAUAGGGCCGGCCACUUUCCCUCCUAUUUUCUUUUUUUUUUUUUAUAUUUUUUUUUUUGAAAAUAAAAUAUGGUUAAGGAAAAGUUUGGGCCCAAAUAAUUCUAAUUGCCAAAAAGGAUUGCAAAUCUCAUGACCAAGCCCAAUAAUAAAUAAAAUAUAUAUAUCGAAAUAAUAUUAGUAGUGAAUUAUUAAAUAUAUCGAGGAAAAAAUAUCGGGAAAAUAUCGGGGUGUUACAAACUACCCCCCUUAAAAAGGUUUUGACCCCAAAACCACACUUAUCAUAACGCAUAACUACAAAACAAGUAAAACGAAGUUAAUCACUAUACACACAUACACAAAGCAACCCAAAACAUAAAUCGCGCGAAUAUCCUAUCGCUUUCUACCCCACUUAACGAAGUUACGUCCCCGUAACUUACUAACCUGAGAGAAAAGGUGAGGAUACUCACUAGUGGAAAAAAUCUCAUUUGCUGCGGGUUUUUGGCCAUUAUUUGCUGCGGUUUUGGGCCCAAGCAAUAGUGAUAGCAGCAAAUGGCUUAUUUUAAAUGCUGCGGUUUAAAACCGCAGCAAAUAAAGAGGAGUAUUUGCUGCAGUUAUGGGUUGACCGCAGCAAAUAGUUGGUAUUUCUUUUUUUUUUUUCCCUUUGUCGAUUACUACUAAUAAUAAUCCAAAAAUAAUGCACAAUGUAAUAAACAAUGAUUAAUCCAAUAAUCCAAUGAUAAUCACAAAUAAUCACCAAUAAUCUAUUUAUAAUAAUAAACUCUCGAUCGUAUGUAUAAUAUAAUAUUAUGUACGUACAUAU